AUGAAAACAAAAUUAGAAAAAAGAAGGAGUGAAGUAAAUACCUGUUUGUGUAUUGGAAUAGACCCUGAUGAAGAUGAUAUACAAAAUUUUAAGAAAAAUGAAAAAGAAAAGGGAUUUAAAAACAUUAGGAACAACUUAAAUGAUAGCGGAAUAAAUGCAAUUGAAAUAGGAAGAGAUCUUUUAUUAGGAAAAGAAUCCUUUGACAACUUAAAAGAAAAAGAUGAAUUCUUUUAUUUUUUUAAUCAUUUUUGUUUUUAUAUAAUUAAUACAACAAAACAACAUGCGUUAGUAUAUAAAAUGAAUUUUGCUUUUUACAUCCCAUAUGGUUCAGUAGGCAUUGAUGUUUUAAAAAAUGUCUUUGAUUUAUUACAUUAUUUAAAUAUACCAACAAUUCUUGAUAUGAAAAUUAAUGAUAUUGGAAAUACAGUUAAAAGUUAUAGGAAAUUUAUUUUUGAAUAUUUGAAAAGUGACUCCUGCACUGUUAAUAUAUAUAUGGGCACCGAAAUGUUAAGAGACAUAUGUUAUAAUGAAGAAAAGAAACAGUACUAUAGUGCUUUUGUUCUUAUUAAAACAACAAAUAAAGAUUCCUAUAUAUUUCAAAAAGACCUUUCUUCUGGUAAUAAACAAGCAUAUAUGUUAAUGGCAGAAAAAGCCCAGGAAAUGUCAUCCAUUUUAAAAAUAGAAGAAAAUAACGAAUUUAUUGGUUUUGUUGUUGGUGCCAAUAGUUUUGAAGAAAUGAAAAUUAUAAGAAAUCAAUUUCCAGAUUGCUAUAUUUUAUCUCCAGGAAUAGGAGCACAGAAUGGGGAUUUGCUUAAAACGUUAAGUUAUGGUUACACUCAAAAUUAUGAAAAAUUAUUGAUUAAUAUUGGUAGAACUAUAACGAAAAAUGCCGAUCCGAAAAAAGCUUCUGAAAUGUACUAUAAUCAGAUUACUCAAAUUUUGAAAGGGCUACAAAAUUAG